AUGACGAAUUCUCUUCUACCUCCACACUUUGUCCUCUUCCCAUUCAUGUCUCAAGGCCACACCAUCCCCCUUCUCUACUUCUCCCGCAUCCUCUUCGACCGUGGUAUCUCCGUCACCAUCAUCACCACCCCCGUCAACUACUCCGCCGUUAAAUCCACCGUCAAGAAUGAUUCCAUCUCUGUUAUCGAUAUCCCGUUCCCAGAGGAUAUCGUCGGUGUCCCUCCCAGGAUAGAAGUUGGAGACAAGCCAUCGGCCAUGACUGACUUCAUUAAUUUCGUCGAAACCACUGACAAACUACAGCCUGGGUUUGAAGAAAUUGUUCGCAGUCUACCUCCGGUCAGCUGCAUAAUCUCCGAUGGGUUUUUAACUUGGACUCAAGACUCCGCAGAUAAACUCGGGAUUCCGCGUUUGGUGUUCUACGGGUGCAACAUAUUUUCCAUGACCAUGUGCAACAUCAUGAUGCAGUUCAAGCCACAUGGAGCGGUUAGUUCCGAUGAUGAGCCGUUUCCGGUCCCGGACUUCCCUCGUCUUAAAUUGACGGUGAAUGACUUUGAACCCCCGUUUAGAGAGGUCGACCCCAAAGAUCCAAUGAUGGAUUUUGUGCUCAAGCAGCAGGCGGCUAAUGUUAAGAGUCAUGGCAUGGUGGUAAACAACUUCUACGAMCUGGAACCAGAGUUUAUCGAUUACUGGAACAAAAACUUCGGAACCAAAGCAUGGUGUGUCGGACCUUUCUGUAUAGCCAAACCAGCGGCACCCAAACAGAUGGUGGAAUGGCCGACAUGGAUCCAGUGGCUCGACGAAAAUCUUCUGGAGAACAAGCGGGUGAUAUUUGUGUCGUUUGGCACACAGGCGGAGGUGUCUCCGGAGCAGUUACGUGAGGUGGCGGUUGGUUUGGAGAAGUCGAACGUAAACUUCAUGUGGGUACUGAAACCRAUACAGCUUGAGUUGGUAGGAGGUGAAGGGUUUGAAGAGAGGGUGAAGGGGAGAGGGAAGGUGGUGACUGAAUGGGUGGACCAGGUGGAGAUUCUGAAUCAUGAAAGUGUAGGUGGGUUUUUGAGUCAUUGCGGUUGGAACUCGGUGCUGGAGAGCAUUUGUGCAGGUGUGGCGGUGUUGGCAAUGCCGUUGAUGGCAGACCAACACCUGAAUGCUCGCAUGGUGGUGGAGGAGAUUGGGAUGGGAUUGCGAUUGUGGCAGAGGGAGAAGGUGGCGCGUGGGUUAGUUGGGGCGGAGGAGGUGGAGAAGAUGGUGGUGGAGUUGAUGGAAGGUGAAGAGGGGAGAAGGGUGAAGGAGAGGGUGAUGGAGGUGAAAGAGGGUGCAUAUGAUGCAAUGAAGGAAGGUGGUUCAUCAUGGCUGACAUUGGAGUCAUUGAUCGAUCAUGUCCGUGGAGAUGUGGUUCCAAGAGUCUAUUAA